UCGUUUCUUCAGUUAGGGUUUCUCUAAACCUCAAGCUCAAUUGACCAAAAAAAAAAAAAAAAAAACCUCAAGCUCAGCUCAGGUCAGCUCACUCUCUGCAAAUCCAUGGAUCCCGACUGUGGAGAAGCUUCUAGGAUUCUUCUCCAACUCGAAACCUUGAAGUCCACUAAGACCGAAAUAGAGCGCCAAAUCUCAGCCCUCGAAGCUCAGCUCCAAGAGAUUAACCUGCAGCAUCCAAACGCCACCGUUCCAAAUGGUUCUUGUCCUCCUGUAAUCCCGUCAGUUGAUUCGGGUUACGGUCACGAUUUGUCACCUCAGAUGAUUUACCGCUACAGUCGCCACCUCUUGCUCCCUGCCUUCGGAGUCCAAGGGCAAUCAAAGUUGUUAAAGUCGUCGGUUUUGGUGGUCGGAGCCGGAGGGUUGGGCUCGCCUGCUCUGCUAUAUCUUGCAGCUUGUGGUGUUGGCCGCUUGGGGAUUGUUGAUCAUGAUGUGGUUGAGCUCAAUAAUAUGCACAGGCAGAUUAUCCACACUGAAGGUUUUAUUGGUCAGCCAAAAGUGAGAUCUGCUGCUACUGCUUGUCGUUCGAUUAACUCCACUAUUCAGGUUGUGGAAUACCAAGAACCUUUACGUACAUCCAAUGCUUUAGAAAUCUUGAGCAAAUAUGAUAUAAUAGUAGAUGCAACAGACAAUGCUCCUAGCCGUUACAUGAUUAGCGAUUGUUGUGUGGUGUUAGGGAAGCCUCUUGUAUCUGGUGCUGCCGUGGGAUUGGAAGGGCAGCUCACAGUUUUCAAUUACAAUGACGGCCCAUGCUAUCGUUGCCUAUUUCCAACUCCACCGCCUGCAACAGCAUGUCAAAGAUGUUCUGACAGUGGCGUCCUAGGCGUAGUUCCCGGUGUUAUCGGCUGUCUCCAAGCCCUAGAAGCUAUUAAGAUUGCAAGUGAAAUUGGUGAAGCACUCUCAGAAAGGAUGCUUUUAUUUGAUGCAUUGUCAGGACGGAUAAGAAUUGUUAAGAUUCGGGGAAGGUCAUUGCAAUGCGUAGCUUGUGGUGAAAAUGCACCAUUCUCUAAGCAGCAGUUUCAGGAAUUUGAUUAUGAGAAGUUCACUCAGUCUCCACUGACUCCGUUACCUUUGAAGUUAAAGCUACUUCAGGCAGACUCCAGAAUAAAUACUAAAGAGUACAAGGAGAAACUUGUGAGCGGGGAAGCACAUGUGUUGAUCGAUGUUCGUCCGGAACAUCACUUCAAAAUUGUUUCUCUGCCCAAUUCCUUAAACAUCCCGCUCCCGAGUUUGGAGUCUCGGUUGCCUGAAAUCUCUUCAGCCCUAAAGGAAAAGGAAGAGCAUCAAGGUACUGACUCUGGUUCAGGUGGGCGAUUAUAUGUAAUAUGCAGAAGGGGUAAUGAUUCUCAGAGGGCUGUUCAGUUUCUCCACAAGAUGGGUUUCACGUCGGCCAGAGACAUCAUUGGGGGACUGGAAGGUUGGGCCCAUGAUGUGGAUCCAAACGUCCCUACAUAUUAGCAGGAGCUAGUUUUGACACUGGUGCGUACUGUAUACCUUUCUGUCUGAGUGAACUGUAUACGUCGUAAGUUACAAUCUAUUUAUUACGGGCAUUAGUAUUGCGUUUUCAUGUACGUAUACAAAAAAGAGGUAAUUCUAUUGAAGAUGUUAUUCCUUUUAAGAAAGGCCGUUUUAUCA